AUGGUCGACGCCGUGUCCAAAGAAUUGGGCCUGAACCACCCAGCACAACAACAUGGUGCUAGCACGAAUCAGCACCUUCAAGAAGAAGCUUAUCUAUACGAUGAAAAGGAACAUGGCCCGAUAGUCGAUAGAGAGGCGUUCUCGCGUGAAAAGCACCCUGAAAGGCCUCGGAUAUCGACUGACUCUUAUGGUCUGCAGCGGACAGUCUCUGGGGUUAAUGUCGAGCAGGCAGAGAAGGACUUCGCGGAGCUGAGCAGAGAGCUGAGUGCAAUCAGCCGUCGAAUCUCCCGCACGCACUCCAAGGCGUCCAACGCCAGGACGAGGGAUGUGGAGAAGGCUAUCAGCUCGUCUGAUGAGAAUUCAGAAGAUACGUUUGACCUGGAAUCCACUCUACGCGGCGCGAGGGAGGCGGAUAAUGCUGCAGGCAUCAAACCCAAGUAUAUCGGCGUGAUAUGGGACAAUCUCACCGUCCGCGGUAUCGGCGGCGUCAAAAACUUUGUCAAAGUAUUCCCCGAUGCCUUCGUCGACUUCUUCAAUGUUCCGGGGACGAUUAUGAGCAUCCUCGGAAUGGGCAAAAAGGGUCGCGAGUUCAACAUCCUGCAGGGUUUCCGUGGCGUUGCAAAACCGGGCGAAAUGGUACUUGUUCUGGGUCGACCUGGAAGCGGGUGCACGACAUUCCUCAAAGUGCUUGCCAACCAACGAUAUGGUUAUACAGGAAUUGAUGGAGAGGUUCUCUACGGCCCCUUUGACGCUGCGACCUUUGGCAAGCUUUACCGCGGUGAGGCUGUCUACAACCAGGAGGAUGAUGUGCAUCAUCCCACCCUCACUGUUGGCCAGACGCUCGGGUUUGCACUUGACACUAAAACGCCAGGGAAACGACCGCAAGGCCUUAGCAAAGCCGAAUUCAAGGACAGGGUUAUCCGAUUGUUACUCAAAAUGUUCAAUAUCGAGCACACCAUCAAUACCAUUGUGGGUAACCCUUUCAUGCGCGGUGUUUCUGGCGGAGAAAGAAAGAGAGUCUCUAUCGCUGAAAUGAUGGUGACUCGAGCCACCGUCUGUUGUUGGGAUAACAGCACCCGUGGUCUUGAUGCGUCGACUGCCCUCGAUUAUGCGAAAUCACUUCGAAUCAUGACCAACAUCUACAAGACUACCACUUUUGUGUCGCUAUACCAAGCAUCCGAGAAUAUAUACAGCCAGUUCGACAAGGUCAUGGUGAUCGAUCAGGGUAGACAGGUCUUUUUUGGCCCUGCGAGGGAGGCGAGGGCAUAUUUUGAAGGCUUGGGUUUCCUGGAAAAGCCACGUCAAACUACUCCCGACUACCUGACUGGAUGUACCGACGAGUUCGAACGAGAAUAUAAGCCAGGCAGGUCUUCUGAAAAUGCACCUUCCACACCAGACUCCUUUGUGGAGGCGUUCAACAAAUCCACCUUUGCUGAAAAGCUCGAGAAAGAAAUGGAAGACUAUCGAGAAUCCAUCAAGGAGGAAAAGCAGAUCUACGACGAUUUCGUGGCGGCACAUCGCGAAGCUAAGCGGAAACAUACACCGAAAAACUCGGUAUACUCGGUUCCAUUCCACUUGCAGAUCUGGGCCUUAAUGCAACGCCAAUUUCUGAUCAAAUGGCAAGAUAAGUUUUCACUGGCGGUUUCAUGGAUCACCUCCCUCACCAUUGCGAUCGUCGUCGGUACCGUCUGGCUGAACCAACCUAAGACGUCUGCGGGAGCGUUCACUCGAGGUGGUGUCCUCUUCAUUGCUUUGCUCUUCAACGCGUUUCAGGCAUUUUCAGAGCUUGCAUCUACUAUGCUGGGGCGGCCUAUCGUGAACAAGCAUCGAGCGUACACUUUCCACCGACCCGGCGCUUUGUGGCUUGCACAAAUCCUCGUCGACCUGGCAUUUGCGUCCGUCCAGAUAUUCGUCUUCAGCGUCAUCGUGUAUUUCAUGACCGGGCUUGUCCGAACUCCCGGAGCAUUCUUUACGUUCGUGCUCAUUAUUAUCACGGGCUAUCUUUCGAUGACAUUAUUCUUCCGAACAAUUGGUUGUCUGUGUCCGGAUUUCGACUAUGCUAUCAAAUUUGCUGCUGUCAUUAUCACCUUGUUCGUCAUCACCUCUGGCUAUAUCAUCCAGUAUCAAAGCCAGCAAGUGUGGUUAAGGUGGAUAUUUUACGUCAAUGCACUUGGUCUUGGAUUCGCCGCGAUGAUGAUGAAUGAAUUCAAGAGACUGACGAUGCGUUGUACCGAUGAGUCGCUCAUACCGUCAGGCCCCGGGUACACCAACAUUGACCACCAAGUCUGUACCCUGCCAGGUUCUCAAGCAGGAUCAAUCGAAGUGUCAGGCACGGCAUAUGUCAAGAAGGGCUUCUCCUACGACCCGGUGGAUCUCUGGCGUAACUUUGGCAUCAUUAUAGUGUUGAUUGCACUCUUUCUUUUUACCAACGUCGUGCUCGGAGAAACGAUGAAGUACGGAGCGGGUGGUCGCACGGUCACUUACUUCACAAAGGAAAACAAAGAAAGGAAAGCCUUGAAUGAGAAAUUGCAGGAACGAAAACGAAGACGACAGACGAAACAAGACGCCGAGGACAGCUCAGAGCUCAAUAUCGCUUCCAAGGCAGUGUUGACGUGGGAGAAUCUCACCUACGAUGUUCCUACCCCUGCUGGGCAGUUGCGGCUACUGAAGGAUGUCUUCGGAUAUGUACGUCCAGGGCAAUUGACUGCGUUGAUGGGCGCUAGUGGAGCUGGAAAAACCACACUACUCGAUGUUCUGGCCUCUCGAAAGAAUAUUGGUGUGAUUGGUGGAGAUAUCUUGGUUGACGGUCAAAAGCCCGGCAUUGGAUUUCAAAGAGGGACCUCGUACGCAGAACAACUCGACGUUCACGAAUCUACUCAGACCGUCCGAGAAGCUCUGCGAUUCAGCGCCGACCUCCGCCAACCGUACGAAGUGCCCAGAGAACAAAAGUACGCCUACGUGGAAGAAGUCCUUUGCCUGCUCGAACUCGAAAACCUCGCGGAUGCUAUCAUCGGCAGCCCUGAAAGUGGGCUUUCGGUUGAAGAGCGCAAAAGAGUGACCAUUGGUGUUGAACUUGCUGCGAAGCCUCAGUUGUUGCUCUUCCUCGACGAGCCCACCUCAGGACUCGAUUCACAAUCUGCAUUCAAUAUUGUCCGCUUCCUCCGCAAGCUCUCUGCCGCUGGACAAGCAAUUCUGUGCACCAUUCAUCAACCCAACAGCGCCUUGUUUGAGAACUUCGACCGGCUCCUCUUGCUCCAAAAGGGUGGAGAGACCGUCUACUUUGGAGACAUCGGCAAAGACGCGCACGUGCUUCUGGGUUACUUCCACAAAUACGGUGCUGAUUGUCCUCCAGAUGCCAAUCCAGCAGAAUGGAUGUUGGAUGCCAUCGGAGCGGGCAUUGCACCCCGCAUUGGUGACAAGGACUGGGGUGAUAUUUGGCGGGAAAGUGACGAACUCGCCACCGUAAAGGCCGAGAUCAUCGACAUGAAAGCACGACGUCAACGCGAAGUUGCUGGCGAAUCGAAGUUGGACGAGAGAGAAUACGCUUCUCCUCUGUGGCAUCAAAUCAAAGUCGUUUCUAAGCGGACACACCUGGCAUUCUGGCGCUCACCGAACUAUGGGUUUACUCGACUGUUCAAUCAUGUGGCCAUCGCGCUGCUCUCCGGGUUGGCGUUCUUGCAGCUUGACGACAGUCGGUCAAGCUUGCAGUACCGAGUCUUCGUCAUCUUCCAGGUCACCAUCAUCCCAGCUCUGAUCUUGGCCCAGGUGGAACCCAUGUACGAUCUUUCCCGACUCAUCUUCUACCGAGAAUCUGCAGCGAAAGCGUAUAGCCAAUUCCCGUUCGCUUUUGCCAUGGUCUGCGCCGAAAUGCCCUACAGCCUUUUGUGUACAGUCGGGUUCUUCCUCCCGAUAUACUACUUGCCCGGAUUCAGCAACGAGAGUUCGAGGGCGGGGUAUCAGUUCUUCAUGGUGCUGAUUACCGAGCUGUUCUCCGUCACCAUGGGCCAGAUGAUUGCCGCAAUCACGCCGUCGAGCUUCAUAUCCAGUCUGAUCAACCCAUUCAUCGUCAUCACGUUCGCCUUGUUCUGCGGUGUCACCAUUCCCAAGCCACAGAUUCCCGGAUUCUGGCGCGCCUGGCUGUACCAACUCGACCCCUUCACCCGCCUGGUGUCUGGGAUGGUCACCACGGAACUGCACGGCUUACCCGUGGUCUGUACUUCAUCGGAACUCAACCCGUUCCCUUCCCCACCGGGGCAAGACUGCGGAGAGUACAUGCGCAAUUUCUUCCUGCGUGGCGGGUCAGGCUACCUUACCAACAAUGUCACUGACGCAUGCCAGUACUGCGCAUACAAGGUUGGCGACCAGUUCUACAGGCCGUUACAGCUGGACUUCAACGACCGCUGGCGCGAUCUGGGGAUCUUUGCCGCUUUCAUCGCGAGCAACCUGAUCCUGCUGUUCUUGGGGUCGAGGUAUCUGAAUUUCAAUAGAAGAUAA